AUGUUGGGCCAAAAGAACAAGGGCGCAGUGUCACAUGCAUACACACCACUAUUCUUCAAAUCGGCCACCACAGCAACAGCAGCUCCGAUGCACACUGACAAUGCAUCCAACUUUGGCUGUGGCAAAAGAGACACCUCUUUGAUGUUCCAGCUCUCCUCUGCCUUCACCGAGCCUGACCUGGGCCUCCACGACGCUGUCUCCCGUGGCGACAUUGGCUCCAUCUGCUACGCACUACUCGGAGGCCAACCCAUUGACAGUCUUCUGCAGGGCCUGCAGCCGAUCCACAUGGCGGCAAUCCAGGAGGACACCGCGGUGAUCGACCUUCUGUUGCAAAAAGACGCCGAUGUCAACGCACAAACUCUACCUCCCAUGCGCACGCUUCCGCCCAGACGCAUGACCGACGAGGGCGGAGGCAAACGGGUGAAGCGCGGGAGCCGUGGCCGCAAGAGUUUUUCGUUACUGAGGGACUCGCACAGCAUUGGGCCAAUAUCCAGCCCGAUGGGGUUCGCAGUGGGGCUGCACGCCAUGGAGACGGCAACGGAGACCAUGUUUGACAACGAGAAUGAGAAUGAGGCGCCGACGAGUAAUGGAUACUGGGGCGCCACACCGCUGCACUAUGCCAUAGCCAAUGGCCAGCUCGGAUGUGCCAAGAUGCUGGUGCAAAAUGGCGCUCGACUGGACAUUUACGACUCGUACGGUAACACUCCCGGGUCCUUGGCUGCCGCCUGCGGCAACCCUGAGAUGGCCGCGUUCAUCCUCACUGCCGAGUCGCUGCAAAUGGCGGAUUCCAGUGACUGUGGAAUCGACACGGAUAGUCUGAUGGACGAGCACUGCGUUGUUGAGAGCGUCGCUGGGUUGGCCAUGCAGCUGCCCUCGCCCAACUCAUCCGCCGCAUGCUCUGCCCUGCCCUCGCCCAUAGGCACUCUGAGGACCCCCGAAUGUGGCGGCAGUGCAGCAGUUAUCUCGCCAGCCUCACCCAAUCGUGAUUGGCGCAGUAACGCAGUUACGGCUACUGCUACGGGGGUGGUCCCUGCAAAUGGCAGUAACCAGGUAGUUCUGGCGCGGCGCCACACGACAGGCGAGGCCGAUGCCACCUCCACAUAUGGCCUGCGCCCAAACUUCUCGCCGCUGGCCGCCACUGACUCGCCAGUAAUCAGGCACCGGAACACAUCGCCGAUCGGCAUUCGCGCAUUAUCCGCCAGCCAAACACACAGGCAGCCCCAAUUACUGCGCCAGUACAGCGCCGACAGUCGCUUGUCAUCAGUCACUGGGCGCCUGAAUGAGCGCGCAGAAGUCAGGCCGCCCCGGCGUCAGCCCAAACUCAUGACCCAAGAGGCGAUCAACCCAGCAGCGGCGUUUACGCGGCCGUCGUCUUUGUCACAACAACGCAGCCAGUAUGAGCUGAACCCCAGAGUUCGCACUGCCGGCCGCCUGAUCGAUUUCGUGCAUGAGCCUUGGGCCAGCAGUAGCGCGCUCAGCCGCAAUAGUAGCAGUAACUCGAGGCGCGAGCGGUCGUAUACGGACUCGAUCAUUGAGAAUGCCUGGCGCCGGUACCUUGAGGAUUACGCGGAUGAUGUGGCGGAUGCCGAUAGUGGCAGCAGUGUGCAUCGGAAUAUUGCUGCAGAUGAUGACUCGUCGCGGCCUGUGCCGGAGCCAUGGAUGUGGAAGCAGGCCGCUAUGGCUAUCCGCAAACGCCGCAGCCAGUCUCUAUCGGCCAACAACCAGCAACAGAAGCAACAGCAGCAGCAGCAGCCAACAUCAUAA